AUGGAAUGGCCAGGCAGCAGCGCCAAGAAGGUGCUCGUCUCUGGCUGCUUCGAUCUCCUCCACUCCGGCCACGUCGAGUUCUUCCAAGAGGCGGCCACGCUUGGAGAGCUGUACGUCCGGAUCGGAACGUCGGACAACGUGCAGGCGCUCAAGGGGCGCGCGCCGAUGUACUCGGACGAGGAGCGCCUCUUCAUGGUGCGCCAGAUCAAGGGCGUGCACAAUGCGGCCUUGUCGGUCGGCAGCGGCCGGUUCGACUUUGUGGAGGACGCGAAGGAGCUGCGGCCCGACAUCUACUUUGUCAACGACGACGCGUCGCAGUUGGAGGAGCGGAUGAGCCUCUUCGAGAAGGCGAGAUUUAGCCGAGAUCGGUCCGAGACAUAG